AUGGACCUGCUAGAUUAUCCUGUUCCAGAACUGGAUGCUACUCUGCAGGAAGCUAGCCGGGUGCUUCAGCUCACCUUAAAUGCUGAGCAGUAUCAACACUAUAAAAAUGCCCUCCUUCAAGAAAGAGAUUCUCUUCAGAAAGCCCAAGAACACCUGAAGGCACACGCCUCCGGACGUGAGAACUGGGUAACGGAUGAAUUCAAGAAGCGAUUGUUAUCUUGCAAUGAUCCCCUGCCCACUGCCACGGCUAUUCCUUCAGUCCUUCCCUCAUCUAAGCUAAAGGGGGAGUUUGCACAAAUUGGGCAUGCUACAGCUCUACUGUGGGCUGUUGCUAAGCUAUACAGUGAACCUCGUUUGGUGGAAGGGGAUGUACCAACUGAGCGAACGCAACAGUCUGAGGUUUUUGCAGCUAAUCGCCUACCAGGCAAAAGCCAGGAUGAGUUAAAGAUAUACACAGACAGCCUUCAUGCCAUACUGAUCUGUCGAGGAGGUAUAUUUCCCAUUCAAAUUUUAUGGCGACCAAGUUCGGGGGAACCUCCAUCACCAUUACCUCUGAAUGACAUCUACACCCAGUUGGUCCAUGCAUCUAGUCACCCAGCAGCAGCUCCUGAACAAGACCCGUCCAUUAUCUGUGGUCUGACCUCUCUUCAUCGCCAAGUUUGGCAUGCUGUGAGAAUGGAUAUCAUAAAGGCAGGAGGUGUUGCAGCAAUAACACUACAAAGGAUAGAGAGUGCACUUCUGGUUGUAUCCCUGGAAGAUGGCCCUGCACCAGAUGACCUUGCAGAUACCCUCAAUGUUGUCCGUCUAGGAGAAAGAGAUGGACAAUGUUUGAGAUACUAUGAUAAGGUGGUGAACUUGGUGGUCUUCAAAGAUGGCCAGGCGGGCAUGCUGUUUGAGCAUAGCGCUUUGGAUGGAAUGGUAGCUGGACUUGUGGUUGAACGUUUAUGGCAGCUGUCAGAUUCACAAAACACAGAAAUGAUAAACACUCAGACCAGUGCGUUAGCUCCACCCUCAAACACUGAUUCUCUUCAUCCCAAACCUUUAAAAUGUUCACUGAAAAACAUUACUUUGCCAAAUCAGUGUAUUUCUAACAUUCUACAACCAAACCAAUCUGUCAUGACUUUUGAUGUUUCAUCUUAUCCAGAUGUGUUCACCACUUUAAGGGGCCACAGAGGUUUAUAUGAUGCAUGGAUUAAUUUUACUUUGCAACUGUCCUUGAGGCAAAUACUUGGGGAUGCUGCAAGUAGCCUCAUCAUGGUCACACCUACCCACAUGCGUCACUUUAAACAUGGCCGCUGCGAUCCCACAUACUCGACCACUGUGAGAUCUUGCCAGCUUGUUACAGCGUUAGCAUCCUGCAUUGGCCCAGACAACAAUCCACGAUACACAAAUGAGCUUUUUCGACUCUUUCAUCUAGCUUUUGUUGAGCACAAAAAGCUAAUUAAAGCCACAAAGCUUGGCCUUGGUGUAGGCCCUCAUCUGGCAGCCCUGCGCAAAUAUUUGUCCAAAGAUAGCACACUUAAGAAAUUUCUUGAUCCUUUUGGGUGUCCAUCUAUUUACCUGACAGGGUCAGAUAUGAUGGAAGGAGUUGAGUGUGCUGUUGGCAAUGUGUAUGCUACAGACCAGCUAGCUGUCACGUAUCUUGGCAGAAAGGACAAAGUCCGUCUAGUGUUGAAUGGAAAAGGUAUCUUUGCAAAUGUUUUGGGAAAUCUCAAAGAAAGACUUGAGUUCAAUCUAAAACUGGUAAUGCUCCUGGCACUGAGGUAUGCCAUUGCUGGGCAGAUGAAAGCCAUUGAAUGCCUCUUGCAAGACAGUGAAGAAAGACUCUUUGAUGGUUCUCCAGUGGUGGAUGUAGUCAGCACCGUGGAGCAAAAAGGACAAAGCAAAACAACGGUUAAAGGACAAGCUUCUCUGAGUUUAAACUCGACCCAUAAGAUCAAACCAGAUUUCUCCUUGGUAAUCCAUGGUGGGGCAGGAGAGGAAAUGAUGCUGAAUCAGAAGGUGACUGAAGUCAUUGAGUUUGCCCUUCAAACAGCUCUAACUCUUGGAGCACAAGUGCUUAUCCACGGAGGUAGUAGUCUGGAGGCAGUACAAAAAAGUGUGGUUGCAUUGGAAGACUGUUUCUUGUUCAAUGCUGGCAAGGGGUCAGUGUAUAACAGGGAUGGAGAGCAUGAAAUGGAGGCCACUGUUGUGGAUGGACAUGGGAAGAACUCUGGAUCAGUGGCUUGUCUGCGUAAAGUAAAAAACCCAAUAAAAGCUGCCCGUUGUGUAAUGGAAAAAAGUGUGCACUCUUUAUUGACAGGAAAAGGUGCAGAGGAGUUUUUGGACAGUCUUGGAGAGAAAGAAACUGGAAUGAAAUCAGAGUACUUUGACACCGAUGUAAGAUACAAGGAAUUAAUGAUUAAGUCAGGUGGUAGCAAAAAUAACCAUCCUCAAACAGUUGGUGCAGUUGCAAUGGAUAAGUGGGGCAAGUUAGCAGCAGCCACAUCCACUGGAGGUUUAGUUGGCAAAUGGAAAGGCAGAGUCGGUGACACAGCUAUAGUCGGGGCGGGCGUAUAUGCUGAUAAGAAACUUGCAGUGACAUGCUCUGGUGAUGGCGAUGCCUUUUUACGUAAAACAGUUGCUCACAAAGUAGCCAGUUUAUACAACCUUAAGGGUUACAGUCUCAGACAGGCUUGUCAGGAAGUAAUCCAUGACGAUCUGGAAGGAAAGUGUGCUGGAAUUAUUGCUGUAGACCAUGACGGAGAAACUGUUAUUGAAACUAACGCAGCCGUGAUGUUUGUCGCUUCAGUCGUCAAUGGCAUUCGUCGAACCGAAGUUUUACGACCUAUGAAGAGCUUUUCAAAUGUGAUUUGGGAAACUGAUGAAUUGGUAGCUUAUUUACAGUCUAAUCCUUGGACCCAAGGAGCUACUGUUCUCACUCGAAAGACCCUAAAUGGACCCAGUAGCAUCUUUCAGUUAGCACUACCUGACUAUGUAUCAAUGCUGCAGGGGGCACGGACGAUUGCUAAUCUCCUUUGUAAGAAACUUGGUGUGCACCGCUGUGCACUUGUGUCCAUGCCAGAACUUGAUAAACCCGCUUACAUAAAGAUCUUACCUCUCCAUGGACUAGAACCUAACUGGAAACCUCACUUAGCUGUGGAAACUGAGUUCAAUGCUUACGACCCUGGUUACUGUAGCUCCAAAAGUGGUCCAUGUUGUGAAGAUACCAUUCUUGACCAAAUGCAGGCGAAAAUCUGCUCACACCUCCCUACGCCCAAUGCCCCUUUUAGCUUUGAUUUUCAUGGAGAGCUUCCAGAUACUGGCCUAUUCCCACGCAUAAUUCGUGGUGAGGAAAAACAUUGGCGUAUCUGGGAAGACAACAAACAUGUAGCAUUUCUUACUCCAUUUCCAAAUGCACCAGGCUUUACAGUUCUAGUGCCACGAAAACCACUGAGCAGUGACAUAUUCCGUUUGGAUGAGAGUGACUACAUAGCGCUAAUUGUGGCUGCACGGAGGGUUUCUCACCUUUUGCAAGAGGGUAUAAAUGCCCAUGGUGUAGCUCUCAUAUUUGAAGGACUGGAAAUCGACUAUGCCCAUGCUAAACUAAUUCCAUUAGUUUCUCAGCCUAAUGGCAUAAAGCCCCAAGCUGUGGCUCCUCAGUUCUGCCAGACUUACACUGGAUAUGUAACAUCUGUAGAUGGUCCCCCAAUCAGCCCAGAGGAUCUUACGGAGAUCCACAAUAAGAUCACAAAAAGCACACCGCCUCACUCCUGGGAAAACCCCUUGACCCAUGCUACAUCAGCCAUCAAGAGCAAAUGGUACCGCAAUCUCUUUAAAAUCCAAAACACCCUUUUUCACAGCACCGUAGAGUACUUCCACAACAAAUGCAAGUAUUCAUAUGCAUUGACGCCAGUCACCACAGACACAGUUUCCUCUCCAAUGGGCCUGGGCUCAGAUUCAGAGCCUGUGUUUGUCAGCAUGCUGGGCCAAGAUGUAUAUCUGGCUGACUCCAUGCAAUUUGUAUUGGAGUACUUUUUGAGAUUUCAGGAUGGUCUUCCUGGGGCUUACUAUGUGUCCCCCAGUUUCAGAGGGGAGGAUCCUGAUGCUACGCAUGUUAACCAGUUCUACCAUGUCGAGUGUGAGCUACUUGGUGACAUGGAUGCUGCCAUAAGCAUAGCUGAAGGCUAUGUUGCCCAUUUGACAAAGGCAAUGCUGAAGGAACAUUCAAACCUUAUAUUAAAUACAGCUGGUACUCUAUCCCAUGUCCAUAAACUACUAAAAAGUUUAAAAGAACCUCUUCCACAAAUAACCCUGGACCAAGCCAUUGAAAUAAUGCCUUCUACUGAUUGCCUUGAAUGGGUUCAAGAAGGACAACCUCAUUUUGGCAGAAAAUUAACACGUAAAGGAGAAAAGGUUUUAAUCGAGAAGUAUGGAGGUGCUGUUUGGCUGACAGAAAUGGACCAUCUUGGAGUGCCCUUUUACCAAGCAUAUGUUGAAGGUUCAGGGAGGAGCAAAGCCAAAGCAGCAGACCUACUCUUUGGAUUAGGAGAGACAGUAGGGCUUGGGGAACGUCACUCCUUACCUGAAAUGGUAAGAGAAGCCUUACAACACCAUGCCGUACCAGAAGAUUCAUACAAGUGGUACAUCAAUAUGCGUGAAGUUAUCCCUCUUUCUACAAGUGGAUGGGGUAUGGGCACAGAAAGAUACCUAUGCUGGCUUCUCCAGCACAAUGAUGUCAGAGACAUGCAAAUUAUACCCAGACUAAAGGCAAAAAAGUACAUGCCUUAAAACAGUGUUUCCCAACCAGGGGGUCGGGGUCCAUAGCAUUAAAAUAAGCUAAAACAAGUAAAAAUCAAGAUGUUUCUUAUUUUAGUAGUGAAUAUACAUCUGUCUAGUCAUUCCAAGAUUUAUUUAAUUUUAUGUGAAAAAACUGAGUGAGUGGGGGCCUUGAAGUGAUAAAGGUUGGGAACCACUAUGUCUUUGCCAAACUCAGAAUAAGGUCUUGUUAUUAAAAUAGAUUAGUAAUAGAUUGACAUACCCAGUAUUAAUGGCAAAUAUGGUCUUUAUUUUCAGCAAACAUUUGUAAAUAUCAGCUUUGA